UAAAUCACAACACAUGCACUUCUUAUAAUUUGUGAUUUCAUCCCACAAACAUAAAUACGUGUUGACUAACAUAUGUAUGGAUAAUGUGUAAAUAAACUGGACUGUCCGCAGACACAUCAGGCACGUCAGGCACGUGCUGUGGAUGUGCUUGCCAUUCGUUGUGUCAAUGAUUUAGUUUUUGUAGGUAUGGGUUGCACGUUGCACGUUUUUGGUACCGAUACCUAUAAGUUAGAAAAAAAGAUUAAUUGUCUUUAUCCGCACAGUAUACAUGGAAUUAUUGAAGGUCCUAACGAUAUGUUAGCUGUGUUUGGUGCUGACUUUUUGUGCGCGUAUAAUAUCCAGAAGAAUCAAGGAACAUUAAUAAUCGAGGAAGUAUUUAGUAAUAAAUGCUUUGACGAUUGGAUAAUAGCAGCAAAAUGGUUAACGUACGAUGGAUAUGAUUAUUUAUCAGUUUUGUUAGCACACAAUAGCGUGUGCAUUUAUGAUUCUUCCAAGGAACGCAGUCAAAAUGUAUGGUGCAAAGAAAAAUGCAUUCUGUACGGUGGAUCGAUGUUUGUGAAAAACCAGAAAGACUUGGUAAUUUUUAGUGGAACGGUAUAUAGAGAAAUAUUAAUAUGGGAAAUAAAUUAUAGUUAUUCGUGUAUUGAAAUUUCACCAGUUUUACAUCGUUUACAUGGACAUAAUGGUGUAAUCUUUUCGGUGAUAUACGAUCCAGUUACUCGACUGAUUUGCUCUACGUCCGAUGAUAGAACAGUCAGAUUAUGGGAAGUAAAUAGCAAUGAAAGUAAAGAAAAUGAUAUAAUUUGGAAGGAAGUGAAAAUUAAACUGAGAAAAACAAUGUUUGGUCAUACGGCUAGAGUAUGGAAAUCUGUAAUUAGAAACGACGCUUUGAUUACCAUAGGAGAAGAUUCUCAUAUGUGUACCUGGUCAUUGGAUGGUAAAUUACUUAAGAAAAUUUGUGCUCAUCAUGGGGCUGCUAUAUGGAGCAUUGAUAUAUCAAAUGAUAAUAACUGGAUCUUUACCGGUGGGGCUGAUGGCGCAGUUCAUGCAUGGCCUUUUUUUACUAACGAUUAUGUUGAACCAGUUGUGUUAUUAUCUAGACAAGAUACGAUCGGUUUACCAAAAUAUAAUUGUUAUUUAAGUAGCGGUAAUUCCUUAAUUUUCAAUGAAAAUGGGACUGUAUGUAUUUAUGAUAGGUGGCACGGUAAACCGAAAGAAACCGUUUAUCUAGAAAGAUGUAAUACAUAUUGUGUCAUGGAAGUUUCUUUGUGCCAUUCCUACGUUUGUUUUGCGUCAAAAGAUGGAUAUAUAACAAUUUACAAAGAAGGUGAUGUUACCACUAAGAAAAUAUUGCAGCUGAUCGCUGAGGACAAGAUAAUGGAAUCAAAAAUAUUCUCUGUACAAUGGUUAAGAAAUGAUGAACUAGUAGCUUCUGGAUCAAAUGGCAUUCUAAAGAUAUUCAGUUUCACUAUGGAAGGAUCAGUAACUAUUCUAUCAAUAUGUUUGUUACCACAAAGUCGAGAACGUUGGUUGACAGCAGCGAUACUGUGUAAAGAGCUAUUAGUGUGCGGAGACAGAAGUGGAAAUAUGCAUGUUUUUGAACUAGAAAAAUAUACCUCGGAUGAUCGGAUAAAUAUAACUGAAAUGAGGAAGAAACCUCUUCAAACUUUUCAUAAAGUUCAUGGAAAUAUUGGUAUCCAAAAUUUGGUAGUUUUACAUUCAAAAUUAAUAUCAGGAGGUCGUGAUGGAAUGUUAAGAUUUUACGAUGUAAUUGAACAUAAAAAUAAAAGAUCGUUAUGCCCUUUACAUUCGGAGAAAAUGCCAAUGGAUUGGAUUAGUGGCAGUUUAAAAGUAUCUAACGAUCUUUUUAUAUUGGGUUUCAAAGAAACGGAAUUCGUGAUAUACAGUAUGUUUUAUCGUCGAAUCGUAGCGAGAGUUCCUUGCGGUGGCGGGCAUCGAUCAUGGGAUUGUAUCGUACUGAACGAACUCGUUUCGUUUCUUUAUAUUCGCAAUAAAGAAGUAUACAUAUUUGAUUUUCCUUUAACUGCUUUAAAAUCGCCGGAUUUAUUAAAUGGUUUUCAUACGAAAGAAGUAAAUUUCAUGGAGCCUGUAUUAAAGAGCAAUACGCAUAAUUUAUUUAUAUCCGGAGGAGAGGAUGGUACUGUCCGUGUUAGUUGUGUUUCAACUGCAUCGAUGGAAAAUAUUUGUUGCCUAGAAACGUUAGGUAUUUUUGAUGGUCACAUCUCGAGUGUAAAAUUUAUAGGUUCGUUAUGUUUAGAAACAUCUGAUUUCUCGUGCAGUAAUCAUCUUGUAUUUUCUGGGGGUGGCAGAGCCCAAUUGAAAGUGUGGGAAAUCGCUAUAAAUAAUAGUAAAAAAUGUUUACAAAGUACAGAUGUUUCUUGUCGUGACGUUACAUCUCAUAUGUUGUACGGAUUUGAUCGAUGCCGUAAAAAACGUUGGCAAGAUUCUAAUCGAUCUUAUAUUUUACAACCUGAAACUCGAUAUAUGGACGGUAGAAUUUAUCGGGAUACUACGAACCUGCACUGCAUAUUGCUUUUUGUUGCUUGCGCGGAUGGUUUUACAAGGAUAUUUUUGUACGACACUAAUACAAGAAAUAUUUCGUUAAAAAUACAUGCAAAAUGCGCGAGUCGUUGCAUAGUAAAAAUAACAAUCUUAAAGUACGAAGAGAAGGUAAUUGCAUUAACGAUGUCAACUGACGGAAUCGUUCGUUUUAUCGAUUUUACCGAGAUCGUUUCAAAUAUUGUAAAAGAACCGAACUGUGAAAAAGAAGAAUUUUUCAAUUACACAGAUGUAUCUAUUGCGAAAUUUAAUUUGCAUCAAUCUGGAAUUAAUUCGUACGACAUAAAAAUGAUUGGAAACAAGAAAUAUUGUUUGGCAACGGGCGGUGAUGAUAAUUUAUUCAAUGUUAUUCAUUUUAAAAUUUCGAUAUCGAGUGAAAAUGAACAGUUACGUGUUUCAUUGCUAUCAAAAUGGAACACUUCAACUGCACAUGCUGCACAAAUUACAGGAAUAAAAUUUCACAAAGAUAAAAUUUUUACCGUUGGAAUAGACCAACAAAUCAUUGUGUAUAGUUAUAAUUACAAUGACGAUUUUUUAUCUGUAACAAUUUUAAAGAAAAUCUUUACCUGUGUAACCGAUGUGAAAGGGCUGACUUUAUGGUAUAAUUCAAAGGAUGAAGCAAUUUUAUGUGUUUACGGAAAAGGAUUUGAAAUAUUUGAAAUACAUGAGUAAAGUACAUACAAGUUAAAUUGUUAACAACAAGUUAGUUGUUUGUUUUUUCUGAUAGACGGCUAUUGCAUUAGAGAGUUAUUUUAAUUCGACAAGGACGGUUAGAUCGUAAAGUAGAAUAAAGAAUUAAUUGGAA